CCCGGGCCGCCGCCUCCAGGCAGCCCUCCUCCGGCCGGCCGGCGUCCCGCGGCCGCGGCGCGAUGCUGUGCUUCCUGAAGGGCAUGGCCUUCGUCCCCUUCCUCCUGGUGACCUGGUCGUCGGCCGCCUUCAUUAUCUCCUACGUAGUGGCCGUGCUCUCCGGGCACGUCAACCCCUUCCUCCCUUACAUCAGUGAUACAGGAACAACACCGCCAGAGAGUGGAAUUUUUGGAUUUAUGAUAAACUUCUCUGCCUUUCUUGGUGCAGCCACGAUGUACACAAGAUAUAAAAUAGUAGAGAAACAAAAUCAAACCAGCUAUUUCAGCACUCCUGUUUUUAACUUGGUGUCCUUAGUUCUUGGAUUGGUGGGAUGUAUCGGAAUGGGCAUUGUAGCCAAUUUUCAGGAGCUAGCUGUGCCAGUGGUCCACGAUGGGGGCGCUCUACUGGCUUUUGUGUGCGGUGUGGUGUACACCCUGCUGCAGUCCAUCAUCUCCUACAAAGCGUGUCCCCAGUGGAACAGCCUCCUCACGUGCCACACACGGAUGGCUAUCUCUGCCGUUUCCUGCGCAGCCGUCGUCCCCAUGAUUGCCUGUGCUUCACUAAUUUCUAUAACCAAGUUGGAGUGGAAUCCAAAAGAAAAGGAUUAUGUAUAUCAUGUGGUGAGUGCAAUCUGUGAAUGGACGGUGGCCUUUGGUUUUAUUUUCUACUUCCUAACGUUCAUCCAAGAUUUCCAGAGUGUCACCCUCAGGAUAUCCACAGAAAUCAAUGGUGAUAUUUGAAGAAAGGAGAAUGUAUCUAGAAGUUUCUAGAAGUGAUCCAGAGGACCACAGGGUUUUGAUGUCCUGAUCGGCAUGCGUCUGUGGCACAUCCGGAACUUGAAUGUCAUUAACAAUUCCUAAUAGUUGUACUAUUUGCAAAGGUAUGUUUCCCUAGAAAAUGUAGAGCAUUUAUAACAUGGUAGCGAUGUUUUUAUAUUUUUCUAAGAUACUUGUUUUUAUACUAACAGAUUCAUAGAAAACCUAUGGUGUUGCAGAUUCUGUGUUUUAUCUUUGGGUGUGAAUGAUCUGUGCAAAUACACUAACUUGAGAAUUUAAGUUUAGUAUAUUUAUG